CAACAUGUCUUCACACUGGGACAGAACAUUGGUUGGAAUUACCUGCUGUGUAGUGACUGUGACCAUUUGGGCUCUGUGCUUUUGGCAGCUUGUCCUCAGGUUUAAAACAGACAGCACAGAAUCUCUGGUACCUCCAUGCUUCUGUAUCAAUGGUGGUGUCUGUUGGAAUGGAGCCUGCGUGUGCCCAGAGGAAUGGGUGGGAUCUCUUUGUGAGAUAGCUAAUUUCUGUGAAGCCAGUACUUACACAGUGAACAUCUCUGAAGGCAUUAUAAGAAACCUUACUUUUGAACGAAUUAUAGUGGGUAAAUAUGGCAACUCCGGAGAAAAAUGUGAACCUCAUACUGUGAAUGGUAACAUUUCAAUAGCAAUCCGGAUGUGCUCCAGAAAAGGGACAAAUAUUGUUUUAGAGUCCCCCAAGAUUCUUAAUUGUUAUGAAAGUCUGGACUCCUUAGCAUUACAGAUUGACGCUGCAAACUCCAGCAAUGUUACAGAUAUUGCGAAUAACAUUCAAAUCCUCACCUCCAUGCCAGAGCAACUGACCACACAGAACAUCUCUAAUGCUGCAAACAUCGCAGUGCAUAUCCUUCAAAAGCCAAAUGUUUCACAUGACUCUGAGGCGUCUGUGGCAGUGAUGGCUACAGUGAGUCAGCUCUUGGAUGCCAACGAAACAGAAUUCAAGGACAAUUAUCUUGAUGAUAUUUCAACAAGACUCACAAAAACACUGGAGGAAUUUUCUUUGACAGGCAACAUCUCACAGCCCAAUGUUGCAAUCCAGUCUGCCCCACUGAAAUUAAACUCCUCUACAGUUCUGUUUUCUGCACUGAGAAGCACAACACAGAACUACCCAUCAACAGAACUAGAAGUACAGGAAAAUGUCGCAGGGCUUCUCCAUGAUCUCAGAACUGAAGUUCAGAUACUGCUCAACAUUACAGGUAACAGUUCAUCAAACAAUGGAAGAGUUGGCUUUGUGUUGUAUCAAAAUGACAAACUUUUCCAGUCAAGGAUUUAUCAGAGUAACAGUGGUUUCUCUAAAAAAAUAAUUUCUGGCAACAUUGAUGGUGGAAGUACCAGCAGUGUUGAAAUAGCCUUCAGCCCCAAGUACAACACAUCUGAGCUGCAGCUCCAUGAUCAUGCCUGUGUGUUUUGGAACUACACUGCCAACGACUGGAGCACCGUCGGCUGCGCAAAAGGAAGAGACCAGUUCUUGAGAUGCAUGUGUAAUCAUACUACUAAUUUUGCUGUCCUGAUGGCCUUUAGAAUCAAAUAUAAAUAUGCGAAGCCUUUGGAGUAUAUUUCUUACAUUGGUCUCGGAUUUUCCAUGGCUGGUCUGGUCAUUACCAUUUUGUUUCAAAUAUUCACUAGGAAAACUCGAAAGUCAUCCGUAACGUGGAUGUUAGUGAGUCUCUGUUUCUCUAUGCUCAUUUUUAACAUCAUCUUCAUCUGUGGAAUUGAAAACAAAAAUGCCAGGAACCACAGCAGCAAUACCACCAGCUACUACCAGCAAUCCCUCUCUUACGAUACUGCCAGCAACACUUUACUCACAUCUGACAUCAUAGAUCCUCCUGCUGACUCUCGAUGCACAGCCAUGGCUGUCCUACUGCACUAUUUUUUGUUGGCAACAUUUAUGUGGACAGCAGUCAAUUCUACACAAUUAUACUUAUUGCUGCUCAGAGCCAUGAAGCCCCUGCCUGGACACUUCCUCUUAACCAUGUCAGUAAUUGGAUGGGGAAUCCCUGCUGUAGUAGUUGCAAUAACACUUGGAGCUACUUACAGAGAAGGAAAAGCUUUAAACUACCGACAAGAAGAAUUUUGCUGGCUUGCAGCACUGGAUCAAAAUAAGAAUUUCAGUAUGCAAAAGCCCAUGUUGUGGUCAUUCCUCUUGCCAGUAGCACUUAUACUCCUGUUUAACAUCAUUGUCUUCAUCAAGAUCAGUGUCUGUGUGAUAUGGAAGAAGAACAAAAAUUUGACAAGGAAUAAAAAGGAUUCAUUUAUGAAAAAGAUGAUUGGCACUAUCUCUAUAGCGGUAGUGCUUGGAAUCACCUGGAUGAUAGGCUACCUCAUGUUAAUAAGUCAUGAAGAAACAAGUUUAGUUUUCAGCUAUCUAUUUUGCAUUUUGAAUACUACCCAGGGACUUCAGAUUUGCAUUCUGUACACUUUCAGAUCAUCAAUCUUCAAGAAAAAAGUUUCUGAAGUGUUUCCUGUUCUCCGAGAGCCAGAAGUACCAUUGUAUCUACAUUCAAAAACUUACUAUGUUUCAAGAGCAGAGCUUGCGAAACAUUCACAGGAAACAUUCAGAGCAACUCAGACUUUUUCAGAUAAUAUUUCCUUAUCUACCGUCCCUAACGGGAUUUAG